GACCUUUUGCUCAUGCUCUCUCUGCCUGCGCUGCCUCCGUCAUGCUCCUGUUGGGGCCAUCUCCUGGUUUCCUUUGAGUCGGAGAUAUUGCACACAGAGCAGAAGGAUCUGAUCUGACUGUUGGCUCAUCUGCACUGCCGGCUCCCGAGCCUCGUCCCAUUUCAGUGACAAGGCAAGUGUGAAAAAUGGAGCAUGAUGGAGGCGUCACCAGACCUCCCAGGCUCUCGACUGGAGCCGUAGCUCUCAAUGCAGCUGGAAUUGCCAGGGGCAGUGAGUGCUUGUCCAGCUCACUGCUCUUUGGAAGGGGCAUUCAUCUCCCUGAGUGCUUGUGUGUGCAUGCAUGUGUGUGUGUGUGCGUGUGUGUGUGUGCGUGCAUGCACGUGUGUGUGUGUGCGUGUGCGCGCGCACAUAAGGCUGGGAGCUGUGCGGCAGGCACCCUGGCUUCGGGAACCCAAACUAGCCAGCUUCCCUUUCUGGGCCUGCUGGCCUAAUUCCCAGCCGCAGCUGCCAUUCUGGGCCCCCCUCCCUGAGGCCAUCUCCCUGCAGAUUUGGCAGCGGGGAAAGGAGGGGCCGAGAGAAGGGGAGAGAACCAGAGAGAGGACUGAGCGCUAAUCUGAAGUAGAUGAUUCGGCAGCCUUCUCCAGCUUGGUUCCCCUCUGCCAUCAGCUCUCGAGGUGAUUUUCCCUGUGCCCUGCACUCUCCCCUUCUGCUUUCAUCUCCUUAAGAAAGUGCCCAGAAAGUGAAACCCACACACAAACACACACAAAAUCCACCCCAAAAAAAAAAAAUCGGAGAGCAGGAGCAGGCAGACGAGUAAGAGAGCACGCGCGCAAGAGAGGGCUCACAUCCGUCCUGGAGGAAGAACGGCACAGACGGAGGGAGGCUGGGGUUGGCAGAGACUGGGACGGAAGUCCCUCAGUCCCCCAGGAGCCUCCUUCAUGGACCCGGGGAUCCCAAGAGGGGCUGCCUCAACUUAGGAUGGGCAACUGUGUCAAGUCUCCACUGAGAAAUCUCUCAAGGAAGAUGUGCCAGGAGGAACAGACCAGCUACAUGGUGGUGCAGACGAGCGAGGAGGGGCUGGCGGCCGACGCCGAGCUCCCGGGACCGCUCCUGAUGCUGGCCCAGAACUGCGCAGUUAUGCACAACCUGCUGGGCCCUGCCUGCAUUUUCCUGCGCAAGGGCUUCGCUGAGAACAGGCAGCCUGAUAGAUCACUGCGACCAGAGGAAAUUGAAGAGCUCCGAGAGGCCUUCAGAGAAUUCGACAAGGACAAGGAUGGCUACAUCAACUGCCGGGACCUGGGCAACUGCAUGCGCACCAUGGGCUACAUGCCCACCGAGAUGGAGCUCAUCGAACUGUCCCAGCAGAUCAACAUGAACCUGGGUGGCCAUGUAGAUUUUGAUGACUUCGUGGAGCUAAUGGGGCCUAAACUCCUGGCAGAGACAGCAGAUAUGAUUGGUGUAAAGGAACUGCGAGAUGCUUUCCGAGAGUUUGACACCAACGGUGAUGGGGAAAUAAGCACCAGUGAGCUGCGAGAGGCUAUGAGGAAGCUCCUGGGUCAUCAGGUGGGACACCGAGACAUAGAGGAAAUUAUCCGAGAUGUGGACCUCAAUGGGGAUGGACGAGUGGACUUUGAAGAGUUUGUCCGGAUGAUGUCCCGCUGAGGCCGCGAGGGCCCCUCCAGAACUGCCAAGCUCCCAAAGGCGGGGCGAAGAGGAGCCAGAGCUUGCCUCACCCGCUGUAGCCGCCGAGAGCCCAGGAUGUACUGGCAGAUGGGGCCUGCCUGCACCCCGGGGAGGCGCCCACCCCGGACCCCCACCCCUCUGCACUGUGAAAGACUAACUCCUGCAACUGGAAAGCGGGGGUACCCGCUGACGAGGAGGCCACCGUGCCAAGCCGGCAGAGGUCAUGCCAGGCGCCAAGGGCCAUGUGCCCAGCUGCUGCUGGCUGGGUGGGCCAGGGAGCCCGCCAGCAGACCCCACACAGCAUGUCCGCCCCAGGGCAAAGCCUCCCACCUUCGCUCUGCGCCCGUCCCAGCUCGCCUCAGCCCUGUUAUCUCAGAACCAAUAAAAAUAUUUCCAAGAGCAA